AAGCCCGGGCACCACCUUCACGGUGCCUGGGUAUGCCACUCAUUGUCCCCAGGGAGGGACUUAUAAAUAUUCACACCCACUGGCAUGGUGAGAAGGAGCCAGCCAGUUGCCUGCUGGGUGUCAUUGGAGCAUUCCUGUCUCCCAGUGACUUGCAGAGGCAGCCUGGGCAUUGAUUGAACCUGGCUCAGGUUGUGAGAGAAGGAGGAAGCCCAAGUAGGUGCCCGACCGAGAUGCGGCUGCUGCUGAGGAAGCGCUGGGAGUCCAUGGCCAAGGGGCUAGUGCUGGGGACUCUUCUCACCAGCUGCCUGCUGCUGCUGUACUCCUACGUGGUCCCCCCACUCCACGCAGGCCUGGCUUCCACGACCUCGGAGGCCUCAGCGCCCUGUUCCCCGGACCCCCACCGUGACAAGCCCGAGGCCACCGCCGCCACUCCCGCCGCCAACGGUUCGAGGACGGGGGCCGGAGGUUGUCAUCCUCGUCGCGACAUCGUGUUCAUGAAGACGCACAAGACGGCCAGCAGCACGCUGCUCAACAUCCUCUUCCGCUUCGGCCAGAAGCACGGGCUCAAGUUCGCCUUCCCGAACGGGCGCAACGACUUCCACUACCCGUCGUUCUUCGCUCGCAGCCUGGUGCAGGAUUACCGGCCGGGCGCUUGUUUCAACAUCAUCUGCAACCACAUGCGCUUCCACUACGACGAGGUGCGCGGGCUGGUGCCCCCGGGCGCCGUCUUCAUCACGGUCAUCCGGGACCCGGCCCGGCUCUUCGAGUCAUCCUUCCAUUACUUCGGGGCCGUGGUCCCGCUCACGUGGAAGCUGUCCGGGGGCGACAAGCUGGCGGAGUUCCUGAGGGAUCCGGAUCGUUACUACGACCCGAGCGGCUACAACGCGCACUACCUCCGCAACCUGCUCUUCUUCGACCUGGGCUACGACAGCGGCCUGGACCCGGGCAGCCCGCGCGUGCGCGAGCACAUCCUGGAGGUGGAGCGCCGCUUCCAGCUCGUGCUGCUGCAGGAGUACUUCGACGAGUCGCUCGUGCUGCUGCGCCACCUGCUCUGCUGGGAGCUGGAGGACGUGCUCUACUUCAAGCUCAACGCGCGCCGCGACUCGCCCGAGCCCCGGCUCAGCGGGGAGCUGUACCGGCGCGCCACCGCCUGGAACCGGCUGGACGCCCUCCUCUACCGCCACUUCAACGCCAGCUUCUGGCGCAAGGUGGACGCCUUCGGGCGGCAGCGCAUGGAGCGCGAGGUGGCCGACCUGCGCCGAGCCAACGAGCGCAUGCGGCGCAUCUGCAUCGACGGCGGGCAGGCGGUGGACGCCGCCUCCAUCCAGGACUCGGCCCUGCAGCCCUGGCAGCCGCUGGGGGUCAAGUCCAUCCUGGGCUACAACCUCAAGAAGAGCAUCUCGCGGCAGCACGAGCAGCUGUGCAGGCGCAUGCUCACGCCCGAGAUCCAGUACCUGACCGACCUCGGUGCCAACCUCUGGGUCACCAACCUCCUUAAGCUCCUGAGGGACUUUCUGCGGUGGUGACGUCUCCCCGUGCCCAGCAGCCCUGCCGGCUUCUGUCCUUCCUCCUGUUGGCGAAGAGGCUGGGCAAGGGAUCUGCUGGCCAUAGCCUUCCCUGACCCCUCCUGGUGCCACCCUGGGACACAGGGUGUGGGGGGGCUCUCCAUGGGACUAGACCCAUGGCACAAGAGAGGGCCUACCAGAGAUCAGUAUUUGACUAAUUAUGCCAUUUUUUUUUUAAAUUAAACCCCUUUCCCUCUAUUUCCGGUCUCCCCUUUAGGGAGACCUCAGAAGUAAAGGAAUUGGUUGUGUUUUUGUUAA